GGUGUAUUUGAGUGUUCUAGUAUAAUGUUGCCAUAACUGGCAUGGCCUUUUACAGACUGAAGCAUCCCAACAUAGUGCAGCUGCUGGAUACUUACGAAGAUGGUGAACACGUGUACCUCAUCAUCGAGUUAGUAACCGGUGGCGAACUAUUUGACCGUAUUGUGGAGAAAGGUUCCUACACAGAGAAAGAUGCUGCUGAUCUGAUACGACAGGUGUUAGAAGCAGUUGAUUACAUGCACGACCAAGGUGUUGUCCACAGGGAUCUCAAGCCUGAAAACCUCCUGUACUUCAGUCAAGACGAAGACAGCAAGAUAAUGAUCAGCGACUUCGGCCUCAGUAAGAUGGAAGACUCGGGCAUCAUGGCGACGGCAUGUGGAACUCCUGGCUAUGUUGCUCCAGAGGUUUUGGCCCAGAAACCGUAUGGCAAAGCGGUAGAUGUCUGGAGUAUAGGUGUGAUAGCCUAUAUUCUUCUAUGUGGUUAUCCUCCUUUCUACGACGAAAAUGAUGCCAAUCUUUUUGCACAGAUUCUUAAAGGUGAAUUUGAGUUUGAUUCUCCGUAUUGGGACGAAAUUAGUGAUUCUGCGAAGGAUUUUAUUCGUCAGUUGAUGUGUGUUGAUGUUGAGAAAAGGUAUACAUGUAAGCAGUCUCUCGGUCAUCCAUGGAUUUCUGGUAAUGCGGCAAGCGACAGAAAUAUCCACAGCUCCGUUUCCGAACAGCUCAAGAAAAAUUUUGCAAAGAGCCGAUGGAGGCAACUAAUGCAUGCAAUCGUGCUGGUUCACAAGAUGCAGCGACUGGCCCUUUCCUCCACGAACAUGGAGGUGGACACUCCUCCCGCCUGUCCCCCGAUUACGGAGGAGGCAGAGGCGAGGGAGGAUGAGGAGGAGGAGGAGGAGGCUGUGGUUAACCCAGCAGGCCUACCACGCAACAGCCGUGAUCCGCCAAAUGAGGCUAUUGGCACUGAGCACUCAGCGUGAAAAGAAGGAGAGUGAGUCAAGCGAUACCAACGCCAACACCAAAGCACCAAGAGAAAAUGCCCAUUAGUUGUUCUUUUGCUCAUUACUUUGAUUUUUUUUAUAAGAAAUGUGAUGCGGUUAGGCUGUCUUCAGUUCUUGUUUGCAUUUCUAAAGACUAUGCCUUGCAGUUACGUUGCAACAUUUAGUCUCGUACAAAUGCCAACUGAAUUUCAGAAGUCUACCAAGUUAACACCACCUUUGGUUCUUCUGGUAUCUUGGUUAAUCUUCAGGCUUUGACUGUGGUUCAGUGAGCAGCCUGUAUAGAAGGCUUGGGAGUCUUCUACUUGUGAUUGAUUCAAGAGUCUAAUAGUUAUUUUUAUAUAAUAAUUGCAGAUAUUUUUCACUUGCAGUCUUUAGUAGUAUUCCAGUUU